UCCAACGUUGGUGCUCUGCAUGAAAACAGAGUCCUAUUGUAGGUAUUUAUUACAAUGAAGUAUAUUCGGACCAAUAGCUUGAAGAAGCUCUUCUCGUUUGGAAGACGCAGUUAUGGGGAAGAAAACGAUGAGAGCUUGGUGAUUCCUUCUCAUGGAGAACACCCUCCAAGACCCUCUUGGAAAUGCUUCUCUUAUGAAGAGUUGUUUGAUGCCACCAAUGGCUUCAGCUCGGGAAAUCUGGUUGGAAAAGGAGGGUAUGCAAAGGUUUACAAGGGAAGACUGAAUGGUGGUGAGGAAAUUGCUGUGAAGAGGCUCACAAAAACUUCUAGGGAUGAUAGGAAGGAAAAGGAGUUUCUGACAGAGAUUGGUACAAUUGGUCAUGUGCGCCAUUCCAAUGUGUUGCCUCUUCUGGGGUGUUGUAUUGACAAUGGACUUUACCUCGUUUUUGAGCUUUCCACCGUAGGCUCUGUUGCUUCUCUUAUUCAUGAUGAGAAAUUGCCUUCUGUGAAUUGGAAAACAAGAUAUAAGAUAGCUGUUGGGACUGCACGUGGCCUUCACUACUUGCACAAAGGCUGCCAGAGAAGGAUAAUCCAUAGGGACAUCAAGGCUUCAAACAUUCUAUUGACAGAAGAUUUUGAACCACAGAUAUCUGAUUUUGGACUAGCAAAGUGGCUUCCAUCUCAGUGGACUCAUCAUUCAAUAGCCCCAAUAGAAGGGACAUUUGGUCAUUUGGCACCUGAGUACUUUAUGCAUGGAGUUGUGGAUGAGAAAACAGAUGUAUUUGCCUUUGGUGUGUUCUUGCUAGAAGUCAUCUCUGGGAGGAAACCAGUGGAUGGGUCUUACCAAAGCUUGCACAGCUGGGCUAAACCAAUAUUGAACAAAGGGGAGACAGAAAAGUUGGCAGAUCCAAGGCUUCAAGGGGUUUAUGAUGUGACACAGUUUAAUAGACUUGCCUUUGCAGCUUCGUUGUGCAUCCGGGCAUCUUCAACUUGGCGACCUAGCAUGAGCGAGGUAUUAGAGGUAAUGGAGGAGGGGGAGAUGGAUAAAGAGAAGUGGAAAAUGCCAGAGGAAGAAGAGAAAGAUGAGGAAUUAUGGGGUUUUGAGGAUCUUGAAUAUGAAUAUGACAGUUCAGAUUCAAUGUCUCUACCUGACUCCAACCGUAGUACUUAGGAUAAAGCAGUUAGGUAAAACUUUC